AUGGCCCCCUCUACCUUCAAAAGCUCCCUCACAAUGACCCACAUCGGCACCGCAACCGCCAUUCUAGACAUCGACGGGGUGAGAUUUCUCACCGAUCCUUUCUUCUCGCCAGCAGGCACAGAAUGGGACGUAGGAGUGGCCGUCCUCAAAAACACCGAAACCCCAGCCCUCGGACUCGAGAACCUGCCGCCCAUCGACGCGAUCCUCCUCAGCCACGAAGACCACCCCGAUAAUCUUGAUGAGCUCGGUCGUCGCCUUCUCGACGGACGCCACGUCCUGACUACCAUGGACGGAGCUAAGAAUCUCGCCCCUCGACCUGGUGUGCGGGGCCUCAAGCCGUGGGAAACUGUCCCCUUGGUCGCUGGGGGGAAGAAGUUUCAAGUCACGGGGAUCCCCUGUCAGCAUGUCCCUGGGAAUGAAUGCACGGGGUUUGUUCUCGAGAGUGAGAGUUUUGGAACACGGGAGGAUGGCCGCCCGAAUGUGAUUUAUUUCUCCGGGGAUACAGUUUACUUUGACGAGUUGGAUAGGAUUAAGGAGAGGUGGCAUGUUGUUGCGGCGGUUUUGAACUUUGGGAAUGCACAUGCGCCUCUUCCUGAGGGCCCGUUGCAGAUUACGAUGGAUGGAAAACAGGGAGCGCAUUUGUUCCGGCAGUUGGGGGCCGAUGUUCUGGUUCCGAUGCAUUUUGAGUCGUGGGGUCAUUUUACGCAGUUUGGGCAUGAAUUGAGAUCGGUUUUGGAUGGCGAAGGGGUCGGUGAUAAGGUGUGCUGGCUCACCCCGGGGGAGGCUAAGAUUGUUAUUUAG